UUACUCCUCUCGACCUCCGUGCACCCUCACGGUCUCUGCUAUCAUUGUGGCUGAUUUUUUUAAACGCACAUGCAGUUUGUCGAUCGCCCGGUACCGGAGCUUAUGCCGCUAUGAGUGCUUUCUGUCGCCUGAUCUGUAGGGGACCGUUGAGGCUCCGGCCGUCAUGUCGUUUAUUCCCCGGACAGAGGGACGUGUGCGGGGCGGCUCCGGUGGGUCCCACGGUCCGGACAGCCAGCUCAUCCAGCCCAGUCAACCUGACCUAUGAUGUCUUUGAUGGGAAGGGGGAGAGUACUCCCCUGGUGUUUCUUCACGGCCUUUUUGGCAGCAAAUCUAACUUCCACUCAAUAGCCAAGUCAUUGGUGCAGCGCACAGGCCGAAAGGUGCUGACUGUAGAUGCCCGUAACCAUGGCAACAGCCCUCACAGCCCAGAUCUGACCUAUGAAGCGAUGACCGAUGACUUGAAACACCUCCUCGCCCAGCUACACAUUGAGAAGUGUGUCCUUAUCGGCCACAGCAUGGGAGGAAAAACAGCCAUGACGACCGCCCUGACGCAGUCUGGUCUAGUGGAGAGGCUGGUGGUAGUGGACAUCAGUCCAGCCCAGACCACCACACGCACCAACUUCCGCUAUUACAUCCAGGCCAUGCAGGAGGUGAAGAUCUCCAGUGACAUCCCACGUUCAACCGCCAGGCGGAUGGCUGAGGAUCAGCUACGCAGUUUGGUCAAGGAGCGCUCAGUGCGCCAGUUCCUGCUGACUAACCUGGUGGAGCAGAACGGCCACUACGCCUGGAGGGUCAACCUGGAAGCCAUCUCCGCCCACCUAGAAGACAUCAUGAGCUUCCCAAACUUUAAAACAGUCUAUAACGGACCUACACUGUUUUUGGGUGGAGCCAGUUCUGCUUAUAUCAGCUCCGACGAUUACCCAGAAAUCCAGAGGCUGUUCCCCAACGCUGACAUCCAGUACAUCCCAGAUGCAAGCCACUGGAUCCACGCAGAUAAACCCUUAGAUUUCAUCAGCUCCAUCAGCUCCUUCCUCCACUCCUAGCUGCCUCCUGCCUACGCCUCAGGACCUUUUUUUUUAUGCUCAGCGCUCCUGAGUGAGCGAGCCCUCACUGAAAAUGACGGUUAGUAUUCUGCAGCCUCAGCAAGAGCAAGUGGAGUCAUUAAUGAUGCUAAUUUUGCCAACACUGGACCAAACUCACCCUUUACAGCAGCUAAUCCUCCUCUCAACAAUAUUAGUGUGUCGUAGUGUAGGUGAACAUUUAUUUUGUUUGAUUGGCUGGUUUUUAGAUGUGUUUUCAUUGAUUUUAUUGGAUGCUACCUAGACGAUAUCUAAUUUAAUGGGGCUGUUUUGGAGGUGAUGUACUAAUCCAAAGAAACUCUCAUUUGCAGAGUGCUUUCUUUAUGUUAUGCCAGUAGGAUAAGUAUAGUCUGGGACUGCUGAGGUGGAUCAGCAGUAAAAUGGUUGGAUAUGAAAGUUUUUACAGCACUGGAAUGAAACAAAUACCAUAUAUAUGAGAAGCUGAAAUAAGAAUAUUCUAAGCAAAAGCUGUUUCUUUGCCCAUGAGAUUUUGGUAUUGUGUCAGGAGGUCUAAGCUCUGCAGAGAAGCUGUAAUGCUGACUUUACGUGUACUGAUGGUUUUUUGUAGAGUCUUAUUUUGAUGUUGAUAAAUGUGAUAGAUAUUCAUUAUGUUUGGGCUAGAUCUAUUUCUCAAGGUCCUCUCCUCUGUGUAUCUGCUGUAGGUCAGAGAGGAUUUACAGGUCAGUGACUUGAGGUCAUCUAACAGCGCUGGUUAUAUUUUUAUGGCAACAUAAUCUAUAAUGUAUAAAUUUAAUCUAUGAAAACCAAGGUGAAACACUCAAAUGCGGUAUUGUCACAAUCUGUUUCCUGAAUAUCUCAGGUUACAAGUGAAUAUGCUAAUUAUUUAACGAUUAUACUAUUAUCCUGUCCGUCUGGCGGUAAACCGUGGUAAUGUAGUUGUGUCUUUGUAUUUGUCCACUCAGUGUUUUUGAUUAAACAUGUUUUACUGAUUUAUUAUCUGUAUCUCACUUAACCUUACGACCAAGACAAGGCUAUAUGGGUAUCUCACAAACUUAUGCUGCAGCAGUGUAUGUUGUUAUCUAACCGUAAUAGUGUUAAUAUGAUUUCAGUUUCCUUUGGUUGGAGCAGGACAGUCCAGUAGUGAAACUGCCAUCUGUAUGAAUAAGCAGGGUGUUGUAAAUGUGUGCCUCUUUUGUCAAGAGCUCCUUUUCCAUUUCUGUAAGACUUGAUAAGAAAUAUAAAAAAAAAUAUUCUACAAUAAUAACUAGCAGACUUUCGAUUGGCAGCUGGGUUGCCAGUUCUGUGUGAAUUUUCUCACAAGAAGGCUUAACGGAUGAGGGUGUAUCCCGUCGUGGCGCUAGAUGUUUACAACAAUCAGUGUUUUAUGUUUGUUCAAUGUGAAUACAGACGUCUAAAAGGCUUUUAAUGGUUGGAAUUGAGUUAAGUGAAUCUCUCCUUAUUUAUUUAUUUUUAUAUAAAACUCCAGUUAGUGGAGAAGCUCCCCCCCUGUCCCCCGUCCCCCCUGUCCUCCUCAACCACAGGACAGAUCUUUCUUGUUGCACAAUAUGAAUAGAUUGUUGGGGUGUUGGAAGUUGCUGACAUUUGAAUGCAGGCCCUGCUUCAGCUUCUGUAGUGUUGCACUGGGAUAGGUAUUUCUGUCUAAGGGGGAGGGGGGAGGACUCUCUGUGUCAACAAUAAAGAAAAGUGAAUUUAUUCAAAAACUGAAAAGCUGUUAGAAGACUGUAAUCAUCUGUUCAGGAUUGUAUAUUGUUCCACUAUGAGCAUGCCUUUUCUCUUGUCAUCAGGUGUACCUUUGCUGUGCUAUAAACGUUUCAGUUUGUUUGUUGCCACAAUGAUGGAACUCAUUCUAGAUAAUGGCAUAUAUACAUUUAAAAUAUGACAAAGAAGCAUAUCGGAGUGGGUUAAUUAUAUAUUAUUGAAAAUGUACAAACUGAUAUUAUACAAUAAAAUGACAAAUC